AUGUCGAGCAUCGUGAAGGAGAUUCUGGCGAGGCCGAUACAAAUGGCGGACCAGGUAUCUAAAUUUGCCGACGAGGCACAAAAUUUCAAACAAGAAUGUCUAGAGCUAAAAACCAAAACAGAAAAACUCGCAGGCCUUCUCCGACAAGCCGCAAGGAACAGCAACGACCUCUACGAACGUCCAACAAGGCGAAUCAUCGAAGACGUCGAACAAGUCCUCGACAAAGCCCUCGGAUUAGUCAUCAAAUGUCGUGUCAAUGGCUUGGUAAAACGUCUCUUCACAAUCAUUCCCGCCACCGCAUUCCGCAAAACCUCAAUGCAGCUUGAAAACUCCCUCGGAGACGUUCAAUGGCUCUUAAGAGUCUCCGCUUCGGCCGAAGAACGCGACGAUGAAUAUCUAGGUCUUCCUCCUAUAGCAGCUAACGAACCAAUCCUCUGUCUCAUUUGGGAACAAGUCGCAAUUCUUCUCUCUGGUUGUUCAAUAGAAGAACGUUCUGAUGCUGCAGCUUCAUUGGUUUCUUUAGCCCGCGACAAUGAUCGUUACGGGAAACUGAUUCUAGAAGAAGGUGGAGUUCCACCUCUUCUUAAACUUCUUAAAGAAGGAAGAUUAGACGGUCAAGAAAACGCUGCGAGAGCUAUCGGUUUACUCGGUAGAGAUCCAGAAAGCGUUGAACACAUUGUGAAUUGUGGCGUUUGUUCUGUUUUUGGUAAAGUACUAAAAGAUGGUCACAUGAAGGUUCAGAUAGUUGUUGCUUGGGCUAUUUCAGAACUUGCUGCACAUCAUCCUAAAUGUCAAGAUCAUUUCGCGCAGAAUAACGCGAUCCGUUUGCUUGUUAGUCAUCUUGCUUUUGAAACCAUUCAAGAACAUAGUAAAUAUGCUAUUACAAACAAACAGAACAUGUCUUCCUUACAUUCGCUUGUAAUGGCGAGUAACACAACUGAUAAUAGCAAAAGCAAAGGUGUUCAAGAAGAUGAUUAUAAGCUUGUUUCUCACCCUGGUGCUAGUCAAACAUCUAAUCAAAUACAUAACGUGGUUAACACAAUGACCAUGAAGGGAAAUAGUAAGGAUCCUAAAGAAGAGACUAUCCACAAUGCAGUUGUAAAGCAGAACCAAAACAGCGGCGGUAAUAAUACUGUAUCUAUAGCGGGGACGAGUAUCAAAGGGAGAGAAUUUGAAGAUCCUGUUACAAAAGCACAAAUGAAAGCAAUGGCAGCUAGAGCUUUAUGGCAAUUAUGUAGAGGAAAUGUUACUAUAUGUCAUACCAUAACGGAAUCAAGAGCUCUUUUGUGUUUCGCAGUUCUGUUAGAAAAAGGUACUGAUGAUGUACAACAUUAUUCAGCAAUGGCUUUGAUGGAAAUUACAUCUGUUGCAGCAGAACAUGCAGAACUAAGACGUUCGGCUUUCAAACCAACUUCUCCUGCUGCAAAAGCUGUAGUGGAACAGUUUCUCAGAAUUGUCCAAAAAGGCGAUGCAGAUGAUUUACUCAUACCUUGUGUUAAAGCUGUUGGUAACUUAGCAAGGACAUUUAGAGCAACUGAAACAAGAUUCAUCGAGCCAUUGGUGAUGUUGCUCGACGAAAGAGAACCUGUGAUUUCGAUGGAAGCGGCACAUGCUCUCAUUAAAUUUGCUGAGACGGAUAACUAUCUACAUGAGACUCAUUGCAAUGCUAUUAUACAAGCAGGUGGUGCUAAGCAUUUGAUUCAACUGGUUUACUUUGGGGAACAAAUGGUGCAAAUUCCUUCUUUGCUUCUUUUGUGUUUUGUUGCACUGCAUGUUCCUAAGAAUGAGACUCUUGGGCAAGAAGAGGUGUUAAUAGUACUUGAGUGGUGCACAAAGCAAGGGCAUCUAAUGGCUGUACCAAAAAUUGAUGAAAUUUUACUAGAGGCCAAAAGUAGGUUGGAACUUUAUCAAUCAAGAGGUAGAGGAUUCCAUUGA